UUCUCAAAACAAUGAGGGACUUCAGUAAUCCAACUUCCAAAAACUAAUAAAAACGAACUCCCUUCUAUUGACCACAACCAUCACUUUAAUCGAGCCCGAGCAAAGCGAAGAUGUCGGUGGACGACGACGAUGGCCGCAGCGUGCUGGAGACGAGCAAGGCCGAUCGCUCUGUGUGGGUCCGCCGCCGCGGCCUCGUCGUCGUGUCGGACCCCAGCGCCGCCCACCCCGUCGUAGCCAAGGUCGUCCUCUCCCUCGACCCUCUCAGUAAGGACGAGUCGACUUCGCUCCAGUUCAAAAUGGAAUUGGCUCAAAAUGAGAUUGGCAGUACACCGAAGAGCUACUCUUUAAACAUGUUCAAAGACUUCGUACCUAUGUGUAUCUUUUCUGAAUCAAACCAAGGAAAAUUUUCAUUAGAAGGAAAGGUGGAGCAUAAAUUUGACAUGGAGCCUCAUAGCGAGAAUCUUGGGGAGUAUAGAAGGUUGUGCCGUGAAAGGACAAACAAAGCUAAUACAAAAACCAGACAAGUUAUGGUAAUUGGCAAUGACUAUGGAGAAAAUAUGAGACCUCUCCCUGGCAUGGUUGGCUUGGUUCCAUCUGGUUCAAAGGAUAAGAAGAAAGUAACACCAGCAAAGGGAUCUGAAACAAAACGCAUACGAAGAGACCGUCGGGAAUUGGAAAAUAUUAUAUUUAAACUCUUUGAAAGACAACCAAAUUGGGCACUGAAGCAACUGGUCAAAGAGACAGAUCAACCUGAGCAAUUUGUGAAAGAGAUACUCAACGAUCUGUGCGUUUACAACAAGAGGGGACCUAAUCAGGGGACACAUGAGCUCAAGCCGGAAUACAAGAAAACCAGCGAGGAGAUGGAUACUGCUUCCUAACUAAUGCUUCGUUUUGCUGCUCAGUUGUCAAUGUGGGGACGUGCAAACUAUAUGAUUCCCCCUCUUGUCUCAGAAGGAAAGUUCAACCAACCUCUGGCCUGCAUCUGUCCUUUUACGUGACACGAUAGAUGUAUGUAUUGUUGAUUUACUUGCCAGUGUAUGUCUGUAGCCAUGGCAGGGAUAUGCCACCAAAAAUUUUAAAAAAGUAAAAAAGAAAGAAAGGCAUAAACCCACCGCUAAACAUGGGAUGUGAUAUUUGAAGGUGUACGAAUGUAUGAAACGUGAAUGUAUGUUCUUCAGCAGCUAUUGUUCUAAUUUUCUAUUUCCUCAGUUGUGCUCA